GUCGUUUUCCAUUUUCAUCCGGCGCGGCGAGCACGCCCAACAGCGCGGACGGAUUUCCACGGUGGGAGACGGCCGAGCACGCGCGUUCCAUGCUCUUUUUAUCUUGUAUAAAAGCGAAGAGGCGUAGAGCGGGUAACCGCAAUACAUCUGGAUCGGCGAGCGAGCGCACGCCGAACCGGACCACACUUCUUCACACUUUGGGAACGAGCGGACUUCUUGGGCUUCAUCGGAUCUGUUGGUCGAUCAGCAACCCGACGCAGUCUGAAGACCACCCUUUUGCUGUUGAUACUGGAAUCUCGACAACUCGCCUGUGACGGGACUCAGGGUUGCAUAGGAGCACGUUAUCAGGCUUGUUAAACGAUCGAGCGAGCAAUCCAAGGGCCGGCAGGAUGCGAUGCUUGGCCCUCUGCGUUCUGCUGCUGGCGAUCAGCGAGCCUCUUCUAAUUCACGCGAAAGUGGUGCUCGUUGUACCCCGUCAGAUAAGACGCAGUCCUGCGACACCAUGGCGACCCCCUCCUCACAAGAAAUCGCCUUAUGGCAGCAAUGAUUUCCAUCAUCCCCCGUACUACGGUAGUGCUCUUUCAACUCGUUACUAUACUAGCAAAAAACCGUUCCGCCCGUUGCCGUAUCCGCACGGAGGUGAUGAUUUCGAUCAAGGCCAUGAAUCUGUGAAUCACGUGCAUAUACCGUACAGCAAAGACGUCAGUCACGGCAUUUCCUUCGGCAAGGGAUACAUCCCGUACGACAACCUCAAGAGCAGCAGUCUGCCGUUCGUGCAAGAUAGAUAUGCCGGCACUUACGCUCGUCAACCUGUCGGUCCGGACUUCACGCCGACCGGUUUCACGUCGGUAGGUCAGGAAUACGCGGCAUCGGCGACCGCGACGCAGUCUUACGAGGGACCGCACGUGGACUCGUUCUUUUCCGACAUGGAGAGCGCCACACGCAGCGACAGCCUCAAAGACACUGCCGGCAAGUACUACGCCGCGCGCUCCAUCGAGAAGGACCUCACCCUGAGGAACCAGCAGGCCCUUGGCGCCAGCGGCGCCGAACGCGAGGAUCCUCCGUCGGCGAAAGGCACCGAGGUCUUUCUGCCUAAAGACGCUCCUCCAGCGGCGUACGGUCACGUGACCGGUACUUCCGGCGCCGUGAUACUGCCGGCCGGUAUACCGCCGGCCACCAUCGCCGGAAACAAGGAAGGCAUCGUGCUGCGGGACACUGUUUCCCUGGACGAAUACCAAAGAAAGCUGGAGGAGCUCACGAAGACCUGGCCGAGCGUGCUGUCGGCUGGUACCAACGGGGCAGCCAGCUUCGUCGCCUCGGCACCGAUUCACCAGCCACUGCAAGCGGUGGGUCGUUUCCCGACUGGCGGCCUCGUCGGUACCGGCUUUGCCGGUGGACCGACCGGCGGAGCCGAUUGGCUCGCUGGUCUUCAGGCCCAGUCGAAGCAGGGCUACGCCGUGCGGGAGGAUCAAGGCGAUCCCACGACCCACGACUUCCGCACGAUGCCGAUUCACACCGCCGCGUCAUCCUAUCCGCAGCUGCCACAGUUUGCUGGCGCGAACACGGUCGUUCCGGCGCGGGCCUUUGCCCCGAAUUUCCACGGAUAGGCCUUCGCGCGGUGAAGAGGGUCGAUUGGGAUGGCGUCUCUCGGGCCUGCGAAACCCGAUUUUAAUGCGAUUUAGACGAGAUUGAUUCUUGUCUCUCUUUCUCUUCACUGUCUUUUCUUUUCUGCUUCUCGAAGACACGGCGUGAUGUAUCACACGAUAUUAAUUACGUUAAUUGCUACGGAUGAUCAACCGGAACACGGGGGUGACUCUCGCACGACGUCCUCGAGACGUCAAGGUCUGAACUCGGCACGAUUCUACAUUGACUCUGGGAGAUUUCGAUUCUGCGUAAUCCUGGUGCACGCGUUGUAAUGGCAUUCAUGCGUGAUUUUCGUUUUUUGCCGGAGUACUUCUGAUUGCAAUGUCGCUUAAGAUUUUUUUCGAAGCUCAUCGAAUAUCAUGAUCUUUCCUUUCCUCGUUUCAAUGUCCUCGUUAUGACAAUUCACACUCUCUCGUGUGAAUAGUGUUUUACAUUUGCGAAUGACCGAUCGAUUAAUACUGCAAAUUAAUUAAGUAGGUAUCUGAUUAAUUAGGUGUUGUAAAUUAAUUAUUAAAGAGACUUCUAUCUGUUUCAGAAAUCUAAUUAUGAAAGGUAGAAGCUAAUGAAAGAGAUAAGAUCAGAUGAUUGUGUUAGAUUGUUAAGCAUGAGAGAGUGAUCCAAAGUUACGUGCGAGGAAUGCUUAUUCUAACGUUACAAUAGCUUUUACUUUUUCUUUGUUUGAGCAUGACUUUGUGUUUGCGAAAUAUUAUAGACGCCUCGAGUGACUUUCGUCGAGUAUUUUGUUCACAUCAUUUAUAUAUACCUAGGUUAUUUAUGUCAUGUUAUUUAUAAUAUUGGUUAUUAAGAAGCUUACUAAGAUGGUAUAAUAGUGCCCCUGCAUGAAGCACUGACGAUUUCCGAAAUUCCAAUAUGCCAGUUGAAAAUAUUGCGAUUAUUUUCGCGAUAGAAUAAUUUUUAAAAUAUUUAUCAUGCAUAUAUUUCCGUUUUAUCAGUGUGUAAAGGACGAGGAAUAUUCAUUCCGAUAUAUUAUUACCAUGUACAUCGCGCGUAUAUCUGACAAUUAUUUAACUAUAAAA